CCUGAAAUUCCCAUCGCCUCUACAAAAAAUUUCUCUAACCCUAUCCGUCGCUCUAGAUUCCUCAAAAGCCUCGCGAUUUGGAAGAACGAUGACCAGAAAGUUUGGUCAAGUACUAACGUUAGGUUUGGUGUUAAAGAUGUUCGUAGUACGGUUUCAGAUUUGAGCCAAAGCUUGAGGUUGUACGGACAAUUUUCUGCCCCUGUGAAGCAAGGAUCGAAGCCCAGCAAAGAGGAAGAGGAGAAGCAGGAUUAUUACGUGAAUAUGGGUUACGCAAUUCGGACCUUGAGAGAGGAGUUCCCGGACAUCUUCUACAGGGAGCUAAAUUUUGAUAUUUACAGGGAUGAUAUUGUUUUCAAUGAUCCUCUCAACACUUUCAUCGGAAUCGACAAUUACAAGUCAAUCUUCUGGGCACUGCGAUUCCAUGGGAGGAUAUUUUUCAAGGCUCUCUGGCUUGACAUUAUUAGCGUAUGGCAACCGAUGGAAAACGUCAUAAUGUUCCGCUGGAUUGUCCAUGGCAUUCCACGAGUCCCAUGGGAGAGCCGCGGUCGAUUUGACGGCACUUCCGAAUACAAACUCGACAAGAAUGGUAAAAUAUACGAGCAUCGAGCCGACAACAUUGCGCUGAAUUCACACCCGAAGUUUCAUGUGCUAGCCGUGGAGGAUCUAAUUCGAUCCGUAGGUUGCCCCUCGACCCCGAGGCCAACUUACUUAGAGAUUUCAUCGGCUUAGUCUCCGGAAAGAACCUAAUAAACCCAC